AUGGUGUUUCGUGAAAUCAUCUUAUCUCUUCUGAUAUUACAGUCUUUUAGUUCUAGUAUUUCGAAACCAAAAGAUGCCGUUCCUGAUAAUUCUAUCUUAUUCACUGACGAAGAUAUUGCUGAAAUAGAAAGAUUGAACAAACUCUAUGGUCCGAUUGAGAUGUUGGAGAAACGCAAAUCACCCCUAGAUGAAAAUCCCUCAAAAGCACAGCAGCCUAUUAGCAGCAUGAAGCAAGCAUUUCGAGGACGCAUGACGGACAAUAUAAAAAUGCUAUCCGUUUGUCAACAGCAUUGUAGUAAAGGAUUGAAGGAAACGUUUGACGCUAUGAUUGAGAGUAUGAGCCAUGUUGAGAGAUAUCAAAGGAUUUGCAAAAACUAUAAUGAGUCGGCUAUUUGUAUCAAUCUUGAUAAGAAGUGUGGAGAUGAAGACAACAGCAUGUUCGAAGUUAUUACAAGUGGACUUCGCUACAUGUGUGUUGAUCAAGUUUUUGCGUUUAAUGCUACUAUUGACUGUAUCGACAAACAGUCUACUAUCGUUCAAGGCGAAUGUGAGAACCUAUGUCAUACUAAAAACGUCAUUAUGAACUGGAUUAUGCGUUCAUCUGUAGCUCAAUCCAUACAAAAUGGCAUUUCUGCUGGUCUCACUGAUGGAAUGGCUGUUGGAGACUCUGGGCUUGGAGGUGUAUUGGGUGGACUUCAGAUUCCUCAAGAAGGUGAUUCUUCGUUUAUCAAUAACAUGAAACUACUUGGCAAAGAUAUGUGCUCAACUGGAACCUGUGUUUUGGACUGCGUUCGAUCUAAGUUCAACGCUCGAUGCGAAGGAAGCGCUGGUACUUUACUGUCUGAAGUUCUUGUUCGUCCAAUAGCAUCUACGCAAGAGAAGAUGUCUAUAAUGAGCCCACUUAUGGGUAUGUUCUUCCCAGAGGAAUGUAAUUUCCUUUACAGUGGUAAUGAUCUUUCUAAGCACAGAAUUGAUCCUACUCUCAACGAGGAACUCAGACGAAUGUAUAUAAAGAAGGAAGUUGAAAGAACCAAAAAAGUAGAAGCUAGUAAGAACAAAACUGAACUGCCAAGCUUCAAUCUUCCUAAUUAUCAGAAGUCACCCUUCGAUGGAGAAACUGAUUUCAUAGCUCUGAUUGAUCAAGUUUAUGGCUCGAAAGAACUAACAUUAGCUAACCAGGUGCUACAGAAAGCAAUGGGUGACGAAGACAGCGUUGAGAGCAAAUCUCAUAAAUCAAAAAAAGAGCAUAAAUCGUCGACUAAAAAAGCAAUUAACGUGAAAGAGAAAGGUUCUAAGCAGGAUCAUUCUGGAAUGGAAGAUGACACUUUAGAGUAUCAACCUGAAGAAGAAUCAUCAGGGCAAUCAUCUGCGGAAGAAGCGUCUGGCAUAUUUUUCAUAUCCGAAGAUGGCUCGGGAAUUGAAUCUUCUGGAUUACAAGCCCUGAAUGAGGAAGGAUCAGGAGAAUUCGAGGGUUCAGGAGAAAAGCUGAAAGAGAAAGUUUUCUUUGCGCGCGCGAUUGUGGGUGAACAAGUCUCAUUCAUUUAUAACGCACAUGAAGAUGGAAAACUCUGCUGUAAACUAAUGAACUAA